CCUCUGGAGUGUACACCUGUGGCAGGCGGGAGCAGUCAGGAAGCUUCGGGAAUCAUGUCCUUGCGAUACAUUCUGAAACGGGUUGAGAUAACUUGACUCGCAUUAUACAAUAUAGCAUAUGUGCUGGGGAAAUGUUGACAAAUGAACAGGUUAUUAGCCCCUAUUUAACUUUUUUUAUAAGAGAAGAACUUGCACAUUUGGACAAUACCUGGCUUUCAUUGUGUUGGAACUGCAAUUUGAUGGGUUAAGAUAUUAGAAGACAUAUAAUUUGAUUUAAAACGGUGACUCGUUUGGAUUCAAUAUGCAGGUAAUGCUUACUCUAUCGCCUGACACCAGACCACCACACAACGUUUGACACUGCGAUUGCUGGUGUGGGCCUGGAAGACCCUGGAUCUCGUCGUGCAUUUACACCUGUUUUCAAUCUUCUGAGGUUCCGGAACUGACCGGCUAUCCCGUGGUACUCGUUGUAAGGAGAAAACCAGUAAAAACAAUUGUUUAGCAAGCGCGCUGAUACUAUGUGGGAGAGCCAGUCAUUUACCUGGGCCAGACGUUCCUGUUCAAUACUGACUUUCUGUAUGCUGGUCAGCAGAGUUGAUACUGUUGAAGGACAUAACCUGAGGAACCGUGGCAUAUCAGAAUCAGACGGUCCCUGUAACUCUACACCUAAAUUCUUAGCACCUUCUGCAAAUGAGACCUAUAGAGUUUCCAUUGGAUCCUGGUUUGUGUUGAAUUGUUCAGUGAAGCUACUCUACAAUCAGAAGUUCAAUCAGUGUGACGCAAGCAUCCAGUGGAUUAAGGACCAGCAUGUGAUCACCAACACUAGUAAAUACACCCAGACCAUCGAGACCAGGCUUAAAAACGAUUCUUCAGAGAAGAUUCUGUCCAGCUUUCUAAAUGUAACCGUGACUAGUGAGACUGAUUAUGGGAUCUUCACAUGUCUCAUAAGCAAAGAAUCCAUGUCCUUCACACUGGAAAAAGCAAUUGUAGAUAUUGCCGGCCAUGUUCCGGCAGUUCUGGGAUCCCUCUUGGUGCUUGUUGCGUUGCUUCUGGCUGGAUUCCUGUAUGUGAAGUGCAGAUUGGAUUUGCAGCUCUGGUACAGAAACAAAUAUGGAGAGUUUGAAGUCAAUGAUGGUAAGCUCUAUGAUGCUUACAUUUCUUACGUGCCUGCUAAUGAUGACCGGAAAUUCGUCAGCUUCAUCCUGAAGCCACACUUGGAGAAUCGAUAUGGAUACAAGCUACACUUGGAUGACUGUGAUAUCCUGCCAGGGUCAGAGCCUUCAGCAGAGCUUAUAAUGAACAUUAGUCGCUGCCGCCGUCUGAUUGUGGUGCUGUCCAAGGCAUACCUGCAGCAGGACUGGUGCCGGCUGAACUUCAGGGAAGCACUCUGGAAUCUGUUGGAUCUCUCCAGGAAACCUAUCUUUAUCAUGUUUGAAAACCACUACAGAGAGCUGUCUCACCCUGCUAUACAACUUCUUAAAGCACAGAGGAAAAACAUCACUCUCCUGCUCUGGACCUCUACAUCAAUGACCCCCUCUUCUGAAUUUUGGAAAGAGUUGCGAUUGCUUCUACCUCGGAACCUACCUCAGCGAGUUUCAAUGGCUGAUCCCCAGACCCGACUCCAGGAUGAUAAGGAUCCCAUGCUGAUCCUGAACCCAGAUUACCUGGACUGUAGAUCAGACCCGGACCCCGAAGGGGACCUUGGAGUCCGGGCACCAAUUUACAAAGGGCCUCCCCCACCUGUAUCAGCCCUUCCCUGUGCACCAAAGGCUCACCCCUGUGAGGAAUAUAACUGUGAGGAUACGGACAGAAAUGAAGUAGAUAUUGCAGAUCUAGGAUCUCGAAAUUAUGGUACAAGAACAGAUUUCUAUUGCCUUGUAUCCGAAGAAGAUAUUUGACUGUGGGUAAUCAUUUGUACAUACCAUUCUGUUUGGCUCUUUCAUGACUGUUAAGAUUUUUAUGUUAUAAUUAUACUGAUCCUGUCACUCAGUGUCUAAAAUGUUGGUUAAACUUUCAGCACACCUCAUUAUUUUGUAAAUUUAUGAGAUGUGCUACCAUUAAUUUUAUGAAAUGAAUGUCAGAUGCAAAUUCUGUUCAGUCUGCAUUAUCAUCUACUCUGUGACUGGAUUCCACCAUAACGCGAUUGCUCGUGAAGGCAGGGAUUCUGCACCAUUAGACCGUAUUUGGAUUGAAACAAUGAACAUUUCAACACAUCCAUUGUCUGAUGGCCAUUUGUGGAGUUUCCUGUCUCUUUGUCUGGCCUCCUCCAUCAGCAAGAUGAUCAGUAAGGAGCCUUGGUCUUCAGGGACAGAAUUAGUCAUCGUUGGACUUUAUCUAACAGCAAAUCUUGCAUAGCUAACUUUUGAUCCAGGAACAAGAAGGUGGAUGACACGCAGGAUGAGGGGCAGCAUAGUGGUCGAGUUGCUGCCUUACAGUGCCACUGAGACCCAGGUUCGAACUUGACUACAGGUGCUGUCUGUCCGGAGUUUGUAUGUUCUCCCUGUGAACGCAUGGUUUUUUUCCGGGUGCUGUGGUUUCCUCCCACACUCCAUAGACGUACAGGUUUGUAGGCUUUGGUAAAUUAUAAAAUUGGCCCUUUUGUGUAGGAUAGUGCUAGUGUACAGGGUGAUCGCUGGUUGACGCAGACUCUGGGCUGAAGUUCCUGUUUCCAUACUGCAUCUCUAAAGACAAAAGUUUUUGAUUGUGUCAAAUAAUAGGGUGGUAUGGGGUGAACGCCAUGGAUAGAAAACUGGUUAAGUGAAAGGGAGCAGAUUAUUAAUAGGAUUUUAAGGUGGAAGGGAGAUGUAUUGUGGGUUCCCUGCACAAGGAUAUAUUUUUCUUAAUUUAUGGUGAUUUGGAUGUUUUGUGCACUAUUUUCAAAUGUGUAGCUGAUGCAAAACAUGGAUGUGUAGUGAAUUGAAGAAGGAUAGUAAUAGAUUAAGGAAUUUUAAGAUGCUGGAAAGAGCAGCUAGCUUGCUGAUGUAAUGUUUUAUUAAUAUAUUUCACGUGUUACAUUGAAGUAGAAAGAACAGGAGCCAACAUAAAACUGAGAGAACAAUUUAAAGAAAUACAAUCAUUGGAGACAAGAGUAAAUGUGCUUAAUCCCCUGGAAGUGAUAGGGCUGAACAGGUUGAGAAACUGCCACAAAAAUUGCAUUAUUUAUAAAUAAGCAUAAAGUAGAAGAGCAAGGAACUUCAAUUAACUUUUAAGGCCACAAAGGGGCGUAUUGCAUCCAAUUCUGAGCACCUUGCAUGAGGAGAGCCAUGUAUUGCUCCAUUAUAUCAAGAAGAUGGGGGUUGCUCUCUUUGAAACAGAAGUUGAGGGGGUCCAAGAGGUGUUUCAGAUCAUUGACUUGAUAGAUAAAAAGGUGGCCCCGCAGGUGGAGGGGGUCAAGAAGUAGAAGACAGAAAGAAGACUACUGGUUAAAGAACACCAAUGUGACAAGUAAUUACUUUAGAUAGACACAAAAUGCUGGAGUAACCGAAAGGGAUAGGCAGCAUCUCUGGAGAGAAGGAAUGGGUGAUGUUUCUGGUCAUGACAUUAAGUUAUUGAUGAUAGGACUUGGAAUGCACAAACAUGAAUUGUAACAGGUGUAUUGGUUGCAGUAUUGAAAAAGGCUGCAUAAAUAGCUGAAGGGAUUUUAGAGUUACAGAUUUUAAGAUGUGGCAGUGAGACUACCCAAAUUGCUUACAUUGAGUUGGUACAGGCUCAACAAGCUGAACAGGUCUGUUGAAAAGAUGUGGUCAUAACUCACAAAGGGCGAGUUAUUCAGCUCAGCCAUGGAAGUAGGGACGUUUUGGGUAAUUAAGGACACAUAUUACCCAUGUUGUUUCUCCAUUCUGAUAACUCAUGGAUGUGGUUAAUUGAGAUAAUUUAGUCACCAUCGAAUACAGUAACAAUGGAAUACUUUUGCUUUAAAAUUUAAAAUCUUUGCACCAGUAGGAACAGCUGUAGCUGCUCUCACUCCAUUCUGUGUGAUUUUAUGAUGUGCCUUCUUCAUAACGUUAUUAUUUUCCACAUGUCCAAUUUAUACAAGGUGCAUGCCUCUUCAGUUUUUAUCAGCACCUCUUAGCUCUACUUGCUCAAAAUGUUGUUACCAGAUUAGAGGAACUUCUGGUGUUGAAUUCAUCUCAUACACUUGUAGCCACUUAAAGGACAAAUUGAUCACCUUGAUUUACUUCUUGGAUAAUUUUACCUGGCCAGCUGUCCUAAUCUUAUUAGCAUUGAAUUCUAUUGAUUAUUAUUACUAUUGUAUUUGAUUGAGCUUGUGCAGUAGGAGAGAACUCAUUUUUAAUUAAAGAUGCCAUAACCAUA